AUGAACACGUAAUGUGUGAGAUAACGAAAAAUCAGUAUUAUGUACGUAAUGAUAAUAUUUAUCAGAUAAUGUAGAGGUAAACGAGUUCAAAUAAUAUUAUUAUGGUGUGGUCGUGAUAUUGGUGUUAAAAUGGCUCCCAAGAAAAAGAAAGUGAAUAAUAAUGUAAAGGAACAGGAAAAGGAAAAGAGUAGCAAUGUAUGGCUCAUAGUAGUAUCUGCAGCAGUAGUACUACUAGCUGUGAUAUCUUUCCGACUAUAUAUCAGACUGUCUACUGUACCGGAGCUACCGAGAGUAGAUUUGAAUGUAUGGUGGGGACCUAAUACUACUAACCAGGAUACUUCGAUACGAAAGUAUAGAGUCAUUUUUUCUGAUGCUAUGCAAGAAAACCUACGUAGAAAGUUCGAGACGUUCCGCCGAGCGACUAGAAUAAAAAGUCUAGAAGAUUCUGCCACUUAUGGCAUUAAUUCGUUUGUUCUUGGCCAAAUUUUCGCACAUUGGCAGUUUAAAUAUAAAUAUCCUGAAAGAGUGAGGUAUUUCAAUAAAUAUGAACACUUCAGGACGAAUAUACAAGGCUUGGAUAUGCAUUAUGUGCAUGUGAAACCGAAUAUUGGAAGUAAUUUUAAAGUUUUACCCUUACUACUUCUUCAUGGAUUCCCCGGAUCUAUCAAAGAUUUCUAUGAAGUGAUACCUCUAUUGACCACACCUAGAGAAGGAUAUAAAUUCGUAUUUGAAGUUAUUGUACCUAGCUUGCCUGGAUUUGCUUUUUCACAGGGCGCAGUACGACCAGGUCUAACUGCUUACCAAAUGGCCAUAGUCCUCCGCAAUUUAAUGGAGCGUAUAGGCAUAAAACAAUUCUACCUCCAAGCUGGGGACUUUGGCCACAACAUUGGCUCACAUUUGGCCACUCUCUUCCCAAACCAAGUGCUUGGCUAUCACACGAACAACCCCAUUAACUUCUCUGGUUCGGCCAGUAUGGUUUGGGUGGUUGGUGCGAUAUGGCCAACGAUGGUGGCCAAGGAAUUUGCGGAUAGGUUGUAUCCUUUGACGGAUAAAUUGGCGUAUUAUUUGGAGGAGUUUGGGUAUAAACAUAUACAAGGGACAAAGCCGGAUACUUUGGGUAUUGCCCUCCAAGAUUCACCUCUAGGCUUAGCAGCCUACAUAAUAGACAGAAUCCUACUAUUUACCGAUCCAGCAAAUAAAUAUAAAGAAGAUGGCGGACUUCCAGCAUUUAAUUCAACAGAUUUAAUUGAUAAUGUCAUGUUGUAUUGGAGUACGGGAAGUAUUACUACAGCAAUGAGAUUCUUCAAGGAAAUGAUGGAGAAUAGUGAAAUGGAAGAAAAAUUGGCGAGUAUACCUACACAAGUCCCCACAUGGGGCCUUCGCGCUAAACAUGAACUAACUCAUUCCCCCGACUUCGUUCUUCGUUGGAAAUUCCCUAAUCUUAUAGGAACAACUAAUUUACAAGAUGGCGGACAUUAUUUAGCGUUCGAGAAACCUGAAGUACUUAGUAAUGAUAUUUUUAAAGCAGUUAAAACGUUUUUGGAGGCGAAGAGAAAUAAAUAGAUGAAUGAUAA